UUUGCAAUUUUCUUGCCAACUCAGAAACUUCAGCUGCGGCAAAGGCUUUUCUACUAACUAGCUGUUCUGCGGGUGGAAAUCAGGCGUGGUGGGUGGGUAGGUGGCUGGCAAAGGCCACUCUGGGGGAGGAAAAUUCUGGGGGGAGGCUCGGAAACUAGAACUGAGACGUCUCUCCUGGCUGGCUAAACCCAAACGCACUUAACACUUGCCACUGAGUUUUGCGUAACUUUUGCGCCCGGAAUCCGGCGAACUACUUUCAUACCUGAGCAGGGGGAAUAAAAUCUACUCCAGUGCGUCACGUAGGCGCUUCAAAGUUUUCAUUUUUGCAAAAUUUACGAUUUAACGUUAAAGUGGAGCAAAACAAAAAAAGCCUUAUAUACUCGCUAGUACAUAUACGUAUGUACUACUUAAAAGAAUGGAAACUUUGAACACGACCAAAAUCCCACUAAGUAAGUGUACGCCCAGUUCAGUUCGGUUUGGGUACCGGGAAUAUCCUCCGAGCUUCCAGGUUAGCCCGGGUCCUCCAUGCUCUCCAUGUUCUCCUGGCUCUCCGACAGGGUUCAGCUGCACCAGGUGUGCCCGUGCUCGGGUGGCUUCCACCUUUCGGUUUCCAGCCCCGAAACCGGAAUCUACGAUUGAAUUUCAGACAGUAUGCGGCAUCCUGCACCCAACCACCCAAACCACCAUCCGGCGACCAAGGAAAACGCAAAGGCUUUUGCAAUUUUUAUGUGCAAUUUUUUACAUGAGAACCAAAGGCGGUACGAAGUGUCGCUUGUGGCUCGUUAAGGUUAAGGGGUGGAAGGUGUUUUUUUUCCUAUUUUUUUUGGUGGUGAGGGCUAGCUGUUGGGCUGCCACUGAUAACCGAGGAGUGGAUUAGUCUUUGGAUAUCAUUUGCAGCGUGUUUGCCGUACUCAUUUCAAAAAGAUGCACGAUAUGUGA